AAGCCUAGAUGUGACGGUGGCGCGGUGUGUUGUGCGUUGAGGGCCAUUGUGAAUUGGAUUGAAAAGAUAAAGUUUACAAAGUAAUUAGCACAGUUUGAAGCAUCAUUUGUUUUUACUGACAAAAUUUUACUCCGUGGUAACUUUGUGUUACUGAAAUGAAAUUUGGUGAAAAUCGAGGAAUUAAAUAACAGAUUGCGAUACGCUGUAUAUCGACAGUGCCAAGGAGGAAGACAAGCGACUCGUAAUUCGAGAAAUUGCUGUUCAAGAUGGCGGCAUAAAAACUUGUACUGCAGUUGUGGAAUACGUGUAAUAUCUAUUUAAUAAUUUAAAGUACAGAUUUUAACAACUUUAAUUAAAGAUGAGCCCAGUUGACUCGCAUUCCGAUGCCUCUGUUGAAGUGUUAAAUGACAAGAAAGUAGCAGAGAAUGAAGGGGCUGAUAUUGUAAAGAAAUCUAAGAAAAAGAAACAUAAGCAUCAUCAUAAGCACAAGAAACACUUAAGUGAUAAAGACGGAAAACAUGAAAAAAAACACCACAAGAAAAAGAAGCACAAGAAAGCUGCUGAAGUCCCUGAUGCUGCUGAAGAAAUUAAGCCAAAGGAAAACAUAUCUAUUAAAAUAUCAUCUGAUGGCUCAAAGAGAGAAGUCAGAGAAGCAAGUAAACCAAAAAGUGAGGAAAAAAUUGAGUCAAAAGAGACCAAAAUUUUGAACGGGAGUGACACGGCUCAUAAAGUAGAGCAGAAAGUCAAGAGUGUAGAGCCUCAGAAGAAACAUGACAGCAGUAAAAAUGGUGAUACAAAAAAUGAGAUAAAAGACAAAAGUGUAAAAGACACCAGUGUAAAAGUUACUGUGGGGAAGGAUGAUAGUGUCAAAAGUUUAGGAACUAAAGAAAAUGGUGAGAAGUGCUUAGUUGUGAAGAAUCAUAAUUCAAAAGAAUCACAUGUGGUUGAUAUAGUUAGUAAGAAUAAAGGAAACAAAGAGACAGGCUUGAAACCUUCACCAGCUAAAACACAUUUAAGUACAAAGAGUGAAGACUCAUCUGAAGAUAACGACAUUAGAGCUAAAGACUCAGAGUCUGACAUAGACAUUACUGUAAUAGAAGAUGACAUUGAUCUUGAGGAUCUCAUGCGACAAAAGGCACUGCUUCAAGCGAGACUUGGAGCAUAUAUGUCUGAAGAAGAUGAUGAAGAUGAUGAUGAUCGAUCUGAACUCCGUGGAGAUGCUAAACCAGUUCCUGAAAUAAUAACUUUAGGUGAUGAUGACUCUGACGUAAAAGGGCAUUCAAGUAAGAGAAAACAUGAAAGGAAGAGACGUCGGCAUAGCAGGAGCAAGAGCAGACAUAGAGAAGAUAAACGAGAUGAUAAACGGAAAGAAACCAGAGAAGAGAGAGACCGUGACAGGAAAAGGAGCACAUCAGAUGUAGUGCGAGAUGUGAAGAGAAUCAGAGAGAGUCAUAGUUCAUCCAGACGAAAAUCUGCUGAUAGAUCUCCUCUUAGGUCAUAUGAUGGAAGAAGAUCAUCAGAUAGAAAAAUUAGGGAUGAUGUUUCUAGAAGAACUGGCAUUGCCAAGGAAUCUUCAAGAAGAAGAAGCAGCAGAAGCCGUUCCCCAGUUCAUCAUGGUUCAUCACGUUCAUAUAGCAGAACUCGAGAAGCGAACAGUCACCGCUCACUGGACAGAGAUCGUGAACGUGAUCGAGAAAGAGAACGUGAGAGGGAACGGGACCGAGAACGUGAGCGGGAAAGGGAACGUGAACGCGAAAGAGAGCGAGAAAGGGAACGUGAUAGGGAACGUGAAAGGGAACGUGAGCGAGAAAGACUUAGACUUGAACGUGAUAGAGAACGUGAGCGUCAUCGUGAUCAUGACAGAGAUCACGAUCGUGACCACAGUCGACGACAUGGCCGUUCCAGGAGUAGGGAUCGACAUCAUUCAUCCAGAGGUCACUCCAGUAGGUCCCGUCAUGGUAAAGGGAGAGGAGAAAGAAAUGAUAAGUACAAAGACAGUCUGUCAGAAGGCUUGAAAGCUGAAAAAUCUUCAUCUGAAGAAGAGUGUUGUGAUUUUGACAUUGAAGAAGAUGAAGAUGAAGAACAAAUUAUUGAAAAGAGAAGGAAACAGCGGGAGGAACUACUAAGAAGGUUAGGAGCAUUAAGUGAAGAUUCUAAUGCUUCGAAUAUGAACAUGUCUGGGCAAAGCAGUGUUUGUGAGAAACCAGUUAACUGUCCUGACAAUUGCAAACCAAAUGUACCUGAAAUAAAAACUGAGACAAUAAAAACAGAAGAUGAUAAUGAGGACUCAAAACCAAAGGAGAAAAGAAAAUCACGUUUUACAUCAUAUGAUCCAGCUGCUGUUAAGGAAGAAGAAGAUGACAAAGAAAAUAAGCAAGAAAGGAAAGAUCGUAAAGAUGGGAAGAAAAAUGAAUGGGAUAUGUUUGCUGAGGGUGACAAUUUAGAGGCACUAAAUAGUCCAAGUACAGUUGACAAAGCCCACGGUGGUCCAGAAAAUCCUAGUCUCACUGAUAACUGGGAUGAUGCAGAAGGAUAUUAUAGGGUCAGAAUUGGGGAAAUCAUGGAUGGUCGAUAUGUUGUUUAUGGAUACACUGGUCAAGGCGUAUUUUCAAAUGUAAUACGAGCUAGAGAUAGUGCAAGAGGUAAUAUGGAUGUGGCUGUGAAAAUAAUACGCAACAAUGAAAUUAUGCAUAAAACAGGAUUAAAGGAACUAGAAGUUCUGAGGCGUCUGAAUGAUGCAGAUCCCGAUGACAAAUUCCACUGUUUGAGGCUAUUCAGACAUUUUUUUCACAAAAACCAUUUGUGCAUGGUGUUUGAACCUUUGAGUAUGAACUUGAGAGAGGUUUUGAAGAAAUAUGGGAAAGAUGUUGGGCUUCAUGUAAAAGCAGUUCGUUCUUAUAGCCAGCAGCUAUUUUUAGCCCUGAAACUUUUAAAGAAGGCAAACAUUCUCCAUGCAGAUAUUAAACCUGACAAUAUCUUAGUUAGUGAGAGUAAACUGGUAUUAAAAUUGUGUGACUUUGGAUCUGCUUCACAUGUGGCUGAAAAUGAAAUUACACCUUACUUAGUAAGCAGGUUCUACCGAGCACCUGAAAUAAUUCUAGGCAUUCCAUAUGAUUUUGGGAUUGAUAUGUGGUCAGCUGGUUGCACCAUAUAUGAACUGUAUACAGGAAAAAUCAUGUUUGCUGGAAAAACAAAUAACCAGAUGUUAAAAUUUUUUAUGGAUCUCAAGGGCAAAAUGCCAAAUAAACUGAUCAGAAAAGGAUCAUUCAAAGAACAGCAUUUUGAUAGUAAUUGUAAUUUCCUGUAUCAUGAAGUUGAUAAAGUGACUGAAAGGGAAAAAGUAGUGGUCAUGUCAACGAUUAAUCCUACUAGAGAUCUGCUCUCAGAACUGAUUGGUAAUCAGAAUCUACCGGAGGACCAAUUGAGAAAAGUAAACCAGCUGAAGGAUUUGCUUGAGAAAAUUCUCAUGUUAGACUCCUCAAAACGUGCUGCAAUCAACCAAGCUUUGACUCACCCAUUCAUCCAGGAGAAGAUAUGAGCUGUACUCAUUUGAGACCAAGUUGAAAUGUUGUUGAGAGAGAAUAGAGCAGAAUCGAGGGCUGCUCUGGCAAGGGCAGAAUGUGGCCUCAUGUCUGGAGUGUGCAGUAUCUUCAGACGUGUAACAGUUUCAAGCAUAACGACUCCUUGGUUAUGAAGAUUUACGGAUGCAGACCAUUUUACUUCUUUGGCAAAGACCAAGUUUAAGCAUCCCAAGGUAUUUCUUUUAACUCUUUUUGAAGGUUUUAAUUUAUUUUUCUCAUAUACUGAAGUGGUAGGUGAGUAUACAAGCAUGUGAAAUGGAGAAAAUUGCAAUAUGCAGUUUUCUACAGUGUUAGCAGGAAAAACUAAGGAUUCAGGGAACACACACCUUUUAAAUUUGUUAAUUGACUUCUGGUGGCACUUUGCGGACAAUAUUUUAAUAUUGUUUGUGAACAUAUUAUUUGAAAAGUUUUCUACAGAUUUUUUUUUAGUUUUUUAAUUUUUUCUUGUAAUGGAAGUUAUUCUUUUUAUGGCUAUGAUAUACUGUAUCUACCCAAGUAUAAGAUGGCCCUGAAUAAAAGGUGAAAUCAUACUGGCUUGGCUGAGAACUAGAAUGGGUGUGGGGAGGGGAGGUUUAGGCCAUUUAAUGAUUCAUUCAUUUUCAUGAUAUUAGAAGAAAUAAAAUCUUCUGUCUUUUUGUGUACUAAGUCUGUCAUCUGUGGUAUCAUUACUUUUAAUCAUCGUCGUCCUAAUAGCACAGUUGUGAAUUUUAUAUCUGAGGUUAUUGGUUACAAAGAAAACAGAGAUUGCAAAUGUUCAUAUCAGAUUUUACUUCUAUACUGAUGUCAGAAUGUUAGUGUGUUUCUUCCUUCCGAACAUAUUGCCUACCUGCUGCUCUCUCUUUGGCUGCGUCAACUGAUCCCUCCCUACCAUAUUCGUUCCCAUUAUACUUCACGGUGAGCAUCGACAACAUUACUGCAGGGAACACAUAAGUAUGCCUCUCAUCCUACCUGGACUUUACUGUCUUGUGCAGAAAUGUAUACCAUUGUUGUACAUUUGUCCAAUUGUAAAUUUAAUUCAAAUGGAUUCAGGCAAACUGUGGCAGUAUAGGUUUCCACAGUUGGCAGCUUGACAUAAUUUGCUGUGUGUUCACUGCUCCCCUCACCACACCCAUCCUAAUUCUCAGCCAAGCCGAUCACUGUUCCCUCUCUAACCCUUUCAUAAUGCUGUGCUGAGCAGCUCUGAAGCAUGGACUGCAAUAUCUGCUAGGGUCCAGGUCAUAUGUAACACCACCAACUAAUACCUAAAUAAAAGAUUGCAAUUAUGCUUCAGUAAAAAUUUUAAAAUUUUGCUCAUCCUGCGAUCUAAUGGUACCUGUUGGUACUAUGCCCACAAAGGGGUUGGUACUAUCUCCACGACAGGUCUUGCCGCUGCAGUUAAUUCUCAUGAUAACAAUUGUUGUCAGUUUAAUAUGGUCUGUUUAGUUUUUUUAGACAUUCAGUUCUGGAAUAAUUUUCUUUCUUGUUUCAUUUGAAUGUCACCAUCUUUAUCUAAAUCUGAUUAAACGUUUUAUUUGCAACCCACCUGAGAAAUCAUUACGGUAUCUCAUAAUCAAAUGAAAUAUUGACUUGCGUUCAGAACCAAUUGAUGGUUUUUGAAAGGUAACAUUUUUGCCUUUCAAUGUUUUUAACUUCAUGUAACAAAUACCAUAAAUGUUUGUGCACGGUAUCCAUACACGUAUGAGAACUUUUAUUGCCAACUUGUUCAAAUGCAACAAGAAUUUGUAAGAUAAUAGCAUUUAAUUCCAUGUCCUCCUGUGUGCCACAAAAUUUUCAAAUCAUAAGCAGAGCAAUGGAUUGUUGAGGUGGCUAGUUGAUAGUUUUUCACUUAUUCUUUGCACUAGCACCAUGCGAGUCAAAGAUCACAUGAUUGUCGACCAAGGACGAUACUAUAUCAAGUGCUUUGACGUAUCAGGAAACCUUGAACUUGUUUGAGCAUGAGUAUCAUUUGCCCUACCUUCACUUGCUCAAGCUCUGUUAGUAAAUGUAAGACGACACCUAUAUGAAUGUAAAAAUGUUGUCCUCAGCAGGAAUAGUUCAAUAUGUGAGUAUAAGACAACUCCAUAAUUUUUUGAAUGACGAAUUUUAAGAGAAAACCUUGUCUUGUAAUUGAGUUUAGGUAAUUCAUUCACCUUGGUUUUAAUCACAAUUUUAUUUCAUUUGACUUGCAACCACCAAAAGAAAUGACAACAGAUAUUUUAAAAGGUGUGUAUUUAAUAAUGCUACACACCAAUCAAAUACUUUCAGAUCUUGGCAAGUGACUGUUUUUACUAGAACAUAUAAUAUUUCCUUAUGAACAUAAAAUGGUGUACUUCUGUAGCUGUACUUGCUGCAACAGACAUUUGUUGUUCUUGCUGUCAUCCUCGGAUUGAAGACUGGUUUGAUGUGGCUCUCCCCACUAGCCUAUCUUGUGCAAGUCUUCUUGUCUCUGCUUGAUUGUCGCAACCUACAUCAACUUGUACCUACUUUUUGUGGUUCACCCUUGUCUCUCAUCACUGUUUUUUACCACUUGCACUGCCCUACGUUACCAAAUUAACCAUUCCUUGAUGCCUCAAGAUGUGUUGCAUCAACCGAUUCCUUCCACAUUGUACCAUAAAUAUCUUUCCUCAUAGAUGCAGUACCUCUUGAUUUAUUAUUCAUUCUACUUAUCUAAUCUUCAGCAGAUUGAUUGUAUACAUUUUUAAUUUAGAGUGUUACACCUUGAUGGCAGCACUGUGGUGUGACACAAGUAAGUGUUCUGCAUUUCAAAUAAUACAUAUAAUACUCUGUAGCUUAGAAGAAACCAAACACAUUUUGCACUGUUAUUCUGUGAGGCAUGUGGUCUAUUCUUGCGUUAAUAAUUAUUUUUCUCUCAGACCUAUUUGCAAGAUGAUGUUUCUUACAAGAAGUAUAUUUUUAGCAUUGAUUAAUGCAUUUAUAAUAAAACAUACAAUUAAAUUAUGUUGAAUUGUUGGACAGACAGUGUCUAUCUAACCCUUUUCCAAUUCAACAUUACUGAUUGUUUCCCAUGCAAGCCAUGGCUGUCAAGGUAUUUGGUUUUUUUCCAUUCAAUGAAGCGCUGUUGUCAUGUUGCCAUCACAUUCCCGAUAUUCAGAUUCGCAGAUUACCUACAAGUGAAGUAACACAAAAAUCUUAGAUAAUACCAUACAGCUGCAGGAAAUAUUUUUUUAAAUUCAAUUCUGUGAUAAUUUUCUCCUUUUUUGUUUUACUUAGAUACGUGCAAAUAAAUUAAAUUUAGAAUAUUAUGAACUUACCUGUGCAAGUAUUUUGUAUUUUGUCAAGUACUUUAAUGUAUUGUUCUUUACUUUCCACUAUUGUAUUUGAAAUAGCAGAUGGCAAGGUAAUGACUACCUCUUACUCCCUGUCCUCCGUUGUCCUAUUUGUUAAACAGAAAAUUAACAAUCAUAGGCCUUUAAAUUUAUAUUUUAAAUUCCAUUUCUGAUAAUGUGUGUUUAUGCUGUAUGUUCAUUUGUUAGGCAGUAUGCUAAGAUAUUCUUCUAAGUAAUUUAGCCGUCAAGUUGUCAACUGAAAGAUGGCUUUUUUUCUGGCUUUUUAAUUUCCUAGACACAUAGUAGCUCACAAGCCUGAUUGCUUUGGGGUUUCUUUUGUUAAAUGAACAAGUUAUUUUAACACAGUUGUCUUUACAUUUACGGUUUUAUUCUAGCCAUUUACAGUGGUUAGUGCAAAUAUUUUUAACCUUCUCUGUUAUUAAUUAACAUCAUAAGAAGGAAAUAAAUUAAUUAAAUUCCAUAUGGCAUAGGUUAAAAAUAUGAUAUUCAAAUGUUUGUGAAAAUGAUACGACCACAAUCAGCAAGUGAAAAAAAAAUAGGGAAUACACAUAUGCCAUUGUGUUAUAUGUAUGAUACACAGAAUAUUAGCUGACAGACAAGUCAGAUUAUUGGUAGAUUUUAUUAUUGUUACAUUUACGAUACUAUUUUAUCUUCCCUCCAGCUUCCCCACCCCAGUAAGACCUUGCAACAAAAUUCCUACAUAAUCAUUCUGCUGACAGCCACAUUCCUAUUUAUUUGCUUACUCUCAGCAUUUCUGUAAAUGAUUGUUUUGAGGCAUGUUUUCAUUUUGUAAAAUUGAACAAUGGAAAGGCCACGUUGGAAUAUCAACAAUAUUUGAAAAGGAUUGAUUACUACUCAUUGUAAAGAUGACACAUGGGUCGCAGACAGGCUCAAAGAAGAAACUGUUACAUAUGGAGUGUUCAGCCAAAAUCUUCAGAAAGGAGAAAAAACACACCACAUUCACACACACAGGCACAUCUUGCGUACACAUUACUGCUAUCUCCAGCUGCUCCGUCCAGAAUGCAAUGAGGCAUGAUGAGUAGCAGCAGCAAUCUAGUGGGGGGGGGGGGGGGGGGGGUAGCAGGGUAUGGUGGGGGAUACUCCUCUUUUGCAUCUAUAGGGCAGGCCAGCAACCCAUCGAGUGGGUAUGACCACACUCGAACAGGUAUUUUCUUUUGUAAAGCUACUGUAAUCACUGUCCCUCACUAAAGCUGCACGUUUUCCUUCAAUGUACGAUGUGGCUCACCAUAUGCAAAUUAAAGAGAAAACCAAUGAACAGUAUCUCUACAUUUAUACUUUAUAUGUUAUUUUAUGUUUCUCUUUUCUUAUAUAACAACUUUCGGCUGCAAUUAUUAUUCAUCUUUAGGAAGGCAUCAGUAUACACAUCCCUUCUCUGUAGUGAUAUGGAUCCCCACACACUGUUGUUAUACACCGUAUUUUUACAGAGGAAGUGUGCAUACACUAAACUGCAGUACUUUAAAAACCUGUUAAAUUGAGCAUAAUUCAAUAUCCACAGAAGAUACUGCACUAGUGAGUGCUUUAGUGCUUGCUGUUCGGUAUAAUAACUUUGUCUUAUUGAGGCUCUCUCACUCCCAACUUUCACCUCCACUGCAUAGGGCUUACGAUUCAUCUCCUACAUCCAUUAGAGCAUAAGCUAAUUCCCCAAAUUUGAUCUCCUACUCCCACUAACAGCAGUCCUCAUCACAGUUCUACUUUCUGUCAGGAGUUUUCAAAAGUUUGUUUCCAACAGGUGCUGAAACAUACCAGCCAUUGGAAGUUACUGUCCCUUGAGUCAUCAUAGUAGCUUCCAUCCACAGUGGAGAGACCGACCUGUCAUCUCCAGGCUGGAGAUGAUAGGUCUCUCGUUCUGUGAAUGAACUCUGUCUUCUGCAAAAUGCAAUAUUUUCCCUGUUUUAUUCUAUACACAGAUAUGGUCAGCUAUACAAACAUGUUUCAGUAUCUCUGUAUCAUCCUCAGUGGGUCUCAUUUUAUUUCUGUAAAAUACAUCAAAACAUGUUUGGCUAAAUAAUAAAAAGGAAGAAUGUUGUGUUUUGCAGAACAUGGAGUCUUAAAAACUCGAAUUGAAUUUUUAAAUGUGCAAAAGCAGCAACAUGAGCUUCCAGCCACAGCAAGAUGAUGAGUUAGAAAAAUUGGAAUGUGAAAAGAAGACAGUAGAUGAGCUUUUAUGCUAGCAAGUGCUGACUCGUGUGUCCGAUAAGGCUGAAGAUCUCUGGUAGGGAUGUAUAAGCAAUUCAGAUGAAACAGUGAAAAUAUAGCAUUAAUCUCAGUGGCAUGAGAAAUUAUUUGAGUUGCCUGGAGAUAUGGCAUGGUGCUACUUACUUCAGGAUAUGAUCGAGAAGAAAGGUAAUUAUCCAGAAAACAGGUUAGGAGAUAAGUGGAGGCUUUGCAAUAAUCUUGGAGUGCAGGGGAGGGGGAGGGAAGUGGGGAGUAAAUAAAGCAGGAGUCACUGAAGUAUUAUUAAUAUUUGAAGUUCAUUUGUGAUGAUUAAAAAUGUUUAUUUUUAUGAGAUAAAGUAAAUAUUCAGAGAUGUUGUCACAUAACCAUACUGAGCGAGGUGGUGCAGUGGUUAGGACAUUGGACUCGCAUUUGGGAGGAUGGCAGUUCAAACUCACAUCCAGCCAUCCUGAUUUAGGUUUCCCAUGAUCACCCCAAUCACUUCACCUAAAUGCCAGGAUUGCUCCUGUGAAAGGGAAUGGCCGACUUCCUUCCCAUCCUUCCCAAUCCGAUGGGACUGAUUAGCUCGGCUGGGAUGGUUCUUGUGAAUGGGCAUAGCUGACUUCCUUCCCUGUCCUUCCAAUGGGACUGUUGAACUCACUGUUUGGUCCCCUCCCCUAACUCAACCAACCAGCCACAUAACAGCCCACUUUGACAUCCAUUGAGUCAUAUUCCUCACUAUUUCUCAGACUCUAAAAUCAUGUGCUGACUUUUAAAUACGUGUCUUUCAUGAGAAAUUCUUUGAUGCCAAAAUCCAAACUUUCAUCAGUGUGUCUGAAAAAUAGAGUAAAAAAAGUCAGUAGUGAAAGAGUUGGAUGCAGAAGAAUGGGAAGAGAUACUACUGCUGAAAAAAAUAUGCUGCCAUUGGAAAAAGAUGCAAGAAAAUCACAGUUGGCAGUGUUUAUUUCACAUUGUAUUUGUAUGCCAUUUAUAACUGUUGAAAUAAUAAAAAAUUCACCUAAAAAUCUUAAGUCUAAUCAUAAUACAUACAUGCAUAAUACAUCGUAAUUGAUUGUAUACUUGCAUUUACUGCUCAGGAUAGCUUCCUUAUUAGAAAUGUACUGACUCUUUUUGGAACAAACGUUAUUGUUAUAUUCCCUCUUAUUAUCUGCCUUUAAACUGUAAAAUGUAAGAAUUUAUUAACUGACAUUAGAAAUUUCUAAAUUUAGUAUAGAAUCAUUUGUCUGAGAAAUUUUGUUUGCAUAAAUUUACAUGUUUUUAUGUCUUUUUUUUGUUUACUUACAACAUCCAUAUUCUGGCCCUGAGAACCAAAGCAGUGCUGACUGGCUGCAGGAUCAUCCUGUGCCAAUGGUGUCAUUUGGAUGCAGUAUGGGGGGACAUGGAGUCAGCGUAAAACCUUUGCUGCUAUUAUCAGAUUUCCAGACCGUGGAGCUACCGCUUUUCGUUCAAGUAGCCCCUCAGUUGGUAUUAUUAGGCUAAGUGCAUCUAGUUCCAGUCCUAGCAAGGUAAAAUCCUAGCAGUAGCACAAAUUCCAGCUGGGUCUUCCACAUGGUAGUUGCUCACCAAACACCGAGCUAGGGAGACCUUGUAUAUACAAGCACACUAUUCUCGUUGGAAUGAGAGUUCCUUUAUACACACACAAGUUCUACAUUCCCAAUUCUUCUGUUGAGUCUGUUGUCACUAUGCAGGAAGCAUACACAAAAAAAGAAUUGAUCCUUGUUCUGAACCAUGAGUUAAGCCAUUCUUGAUCAGCUGUAAAUUAGAGCACAUAUUUACAUUAAGACUUUUUUCCCCAUCCUACAUACAAUUUCAAGUCGUCGUGUGCUUGGUUGUGUGUUCCAGAGUAUUACACUUUUGUUUAGAUUGGUGUGGCAAUGGCAAAUAGAGGUAAAAGGUUUUUGAAAGAUCCUGAAACAAACUGAGCUGCAAAUUUAAUUAAUGCUGCAAUAGUAGAUCCAUUUCUUGUUACCAUUUUUAUAUACAGGCACAUCCUUACACUUGAGCCAUUUGAAAAUAAUGCUCACUUUAUUGUUGAAUUUAUCAAAACCGUUUUUGUGUUCAUGUCAAUAAGAGAAACUUUUUAUCAGCAUUGUAGAUACAUCUUCUAAAUGCACAUUUUCUUACAUUAGUUUCAUUUUUAUGGCAUGAAAGAUAAAACUGAAGAGAAUUGCAGAUAAGAAUAACAUUAAUUGGGAGAUGAAACCAGUUACUGAUCUGAUACUUUUUGUGCAGCAGCUAAUAGGAAGAUUGUGUAAGUAUUUGAAAGAAGUGGUGUUAAGAACAUAAAGCAUGCUAAACCAUGAUUGACAAUACAAGGAAAAGUAUAAUGCCCCAUAUUGAUAACAAUUGUUUUAGAGAUAAGUAAUCAUAUUUGAAAUAUUGUGCUGUGCAUUGUUUCCAUAACUGAAGUGUACGAGAAGAAUGGUAAAGACUGCUUAAGAGAACAGAAGAUAACAGCUCUUGUUUAUCAUUAAGUCAAUCAUGUUGAGGGACCCCUGUUGAUAUAAACAGCAGACUAGUGGAGGGGACAGAUCCAGUACAGGCAGCAGUUCAGAACAGUAGCAUCAAAACCACUUUGACAGAGAAAGUUUGCAGUCUUAGAAAGAGGGGGGAGGGGGUGGACUAAGAAAAUAGGUUCUGUUGAGUUCUCUUUAAGAUCUGGAUUUCAGGAGACUUAGUUCCUUUUUGAAGUCUGAAAAUUGCUAUUUCCGUACAAACUAAGUUCAGAUGAAGAUUUUGAAUGCAAAUGUGAUGUACAUUACCACACGAUUUGAACAUUGUAUACAGAACAUCACAAGGAAAGAGCAGGGCAGAAUUAAAAUUUGAAAAUUCAUUAAUAGGGAUUGCUGCAUAAGUACCUGUACGUAGAGAAAGACAGGAAAUAAUUAUAAUGUGGCUAUAUGAAGCCACUGCUUAUGGGAAAUUCUACAGGAGUAUUUGCACAGGUGCCUCAGUGAGAGCAUUGCCUGUACAGAUAUACAAGCUAAUGUUUUGGGAUGAUGAUAGCAAAAUAAAACAAAGGUGUGUAUUACAAGGGGAGCAAGUAAGUAGGAGUUAAAUUUCCUGAGCAGUGAACAAAUAAAGGGUGUUUCAAAAUAAAUAUAUGGAUGUUAAGGCUUUGUAGCAUUUAUUACUUUCACCUUACAAAUAUAAAACAGUAAAUGAAAGAGCAACUCAAACGGUUUUGUUUGUGUGCCUGUACAUAAAGGGAAGAGACUGAAACGACCAAGAGUAACUGAAGAACGUGCUGAACGAGUGAGAGCUGUUCACGCAUAGCACCAAAUCAGCUUGGAUGUCUAGUUGUGGUUUAGCAUUUCCAAUGAUGUGUCUGUGGAGACCAUUAAGGAGACACUUAUAACUACGCCCUUAUCGUCUGCAGUUGUUACAAGCUGUAAAAAGCCUACAGCACACAGUUUUUGUGUCAACGUUGAAAUAAACGUUGCUGCAUGACGAUGAAGAUAUUCUGGAUUGUGUGGUCUUCAGUGAUGAUUUGACAUUUCACCUAAGUGAACACUUGUAAGAAAAACUUUUUCAGCUGCUCUUUCAUUUGAUGUAUUAUUUAUAACUGUAAGUUGAAUGUAAUAAAUGCUAUAAAGCCUUAGAACCCGUACAGUCGUUCUGAAACACACUGUGUAUUCCAUGAAACAAUACUUUUGUGAAAUUUAUCACAAAUGGUUAAGAGUAAAGAAAAUUCUUAAUGUUUAUAUUAGUGAGUCAACAGUGUUAGGACAAAGUGCAGCAGGUAAGCAUUCAUUUCAUGUAAAGAGAUACCGCCUCUCAGUGUGCACAGUUCUACUUAGGAAUGUCCCCCCCCCCCCCCCUUCAGAUGUACAUCAUAAAAUCUUAUAAAACAGUGAAUUAACAGGUAGUGUCUAUUGUAAAUAUAUUCUUCAAUUUCAAAACAUGGUGACCCAGUUGCUCGGGUAAACAAGAUCAGGAUCAGCCUGAUUAGUACCAUUAUGAAGGAAGAUUUGAAACACAGAUAUUUUUUUUUUAUUGGAAGCUGUCAGGUGGAUAUUCAGCAUAAUAUUGACUCCGAACCAGAGUAGUACUUAGAAUUUUUUCCAUUAACUAAUCAUGGCCGUAAGUUAAAGAAGUUAUAAGUGGUAGAAAAAAUAGUUGGUGUGACUAGAGAUUGAAUUAUAGAACUUAAGAUUUGUAUUCUAACACUUAUCCAUUGAACCUAAGGAUAUACGUAUUUUUUAUAACAGUUUUUAAUUUAGAUGUUAAUCUUUUACAUUAUAUAUACUAUGAGCAUACCUAUGCUACAGGCAUUUUUUGUCAGUACUUACUGAUACUUUUACUACUUGUCUUUUUCCCACUUUACCAAGUGAGCACCAGUCACGUACUACUUACUGGCUGUCAGAGAUAGAUAUUUCUCAUUACAUUUUCAGGGUCUAAUGUCUAUUGAACUGUGAAUUGUUACAGUGAUUCAGAAUUUAUAUACUAAUAUACAUAAGGCAUCUCUUUUUAUUGCCCUACUCAUAUCUGUUCCUCACAUCUUAUUUGUAAGAUGUCCAGUGUAGGCUAAGUAAUAGAAUACAUGAGGGGUACCCAAAAGAAGCGAACUUUUUAAAAAAAUCUGUUUAUUCAAAUUUUAAGCAUAAACCUUCAAUCCCCUUCAAAGUGCUCUCCAUUCGUACUAAUACAUUUGUAUAGUUUCCCACGAAAUUUUUAAAAGCAUUGUUUGCAUUCAGUUUUUGUGAUGACUUACAGUGCCACCACAUCCAUCAUCAUCAGCUUCUUCUUCUUCUGUUUAUGUAACCACAAAUCUUCUAACUGCCCAUUUGUUCUGUGGCCAGAGCAUCAUAUUUUAUUAAGAGUGUGUGUUACUUCCUGGGUGAAUAAUUAAAGUUGGAACAUAAGUCCUAAAAGGUCUAACCUUCUAGAGGCUAAAGUAAAGAUUACAAUAGAUAAAACAUGUUUGAGGCCUAAUUUCGCACACAGGAAUGAUUUCAUAAAACAUGUUGUGUUUUCAGAUCUCAAUAAAAUAAAACUAAAUAUGUGCAGGCUCAAAACACCUAUAUCAGCAUAAAGUAUUUGUGUUAUGGGAAGAAUAAAGCUCUUAUAGUCAAUUAGUCAAUAGGAAUUAUCAGAUGACUCCGUUACGUAGCAUUAAAAACCAGAAAUGUGUAUUUCAAUCAAUAAUUGGUUACGAUACAAAAAUGUUUGUCAAAAUUACUAGAACUUUUGAGUUUUGAGUUUAUUCAUCACCUGGCAUUCUGGAGUGCGACAUUAUUCUUAGAGAAACUUAUUUUAUAGCUGAAUCAAAGUCACAGAAUAUAGUGUACAUAAGGAGAGAAUUUUAAAAUCUCAAUAGAUGUCAAAUAUAGUACCUGAUAAGUCUCACCAGUUUGCCCUUGCACAAUUUUAGGGAGUUUUCUGUAUAUAGAACAUUUUAAAACAGUGUACUUUGAAAUUCUAAAGUAAUGGUUCUGCGAGCCCUGCUUAUAAUUCAGGUCAAGUGUAAUUUUUGGAUGGAGUUAUUACCAUCUACUAUUCUAUUAUUCUGAAUACUGCUUGAAGUGUAACACUGGAUUUCAAAAUAAAAAAAUUGCUGAUAGAGAA